AUGCAGACCUUGGCGCCCAUUCAUCUUCUCCCCCAGAGACCUGAAGGCCCCCUCGAUCACUGGCGAGGUGCACAUUGGGGCAUGAAUAAUCCGGCCGCCUACACUCCUCUCGAGUCCCUCUUCCUUUUUCAAGCCAUCCUCAAGCACGGCGUUGAGGCUGCGGCCUUCAUCAAGGUUUCCGAUCUUCUCGUCAACAACUCCCUGAUCAAGGAUGACAAGACCUAUGACGCUAAACGACUGAGCCCGGAUGCGCUCCGGCAACUCUUCCUGCACCUGUUGCAGGAGGAGCUCCGGAGCGAGACCGCCACCGCCGAUAAGCCCGAUGGCACCUUGUCGCCCAACUCCAAAAGGCGCAAGCUCAACCGUCCGCCGUUGCCUACGUUGAAGGAGGUGAAGGAACAGCUGCACAAGCUCCCGGCCCUUGUUGAUCGGCUCUAUGCGAGGUACAAAGCUCACGUCGUAAAGGAUGUCAGAGACGACGAGCGGCGCAUCGAGACACUGGCAAGAGAGAUUCAGGUUCUCGAGGCGCAAGAGGCCAACGAACGGGCCAAGGCCAACGCGCCCCGCCAAGCAGGUCCUAACGGCACCUCCGGCCCCAAGACGACUCCGACGCCUGUCCCAAUACCAUCCCCCGUUCCGACUCCUGCACAAGCCGCGGCGCAUCAGCACGUCAAGCCGCCUACGGCGACGUCGUCCGCCGAGGUACCGAGACCGAUCAGGCCCGCGAGUGGACAAGCCUCCGCUCCCACCCAGACUCCUGUGCCCAUUCCAACACCCGUACCCUUGCCACCCCAGGCGCAUGUCCGGCCGCCAGCAAAUGCAGCAUCAACCCCGCCUAUCGCACCCCACCCUACACCGGCAAGGCGAGAUGCGGCUCCUCCAGGCGUAUCUCAACCGUCGCCCGUGGCUCCUCCGGCGCAAGCUGUCGCCGCGGCCGGGGCACCAGCUACGACACCUACCACCGCCUCAGCAGUCAAACAACACCCGCCCCCUAAACCUCCCAGUGGCUCUGGCCAGGUUCUGCAAUCUCCUAGCAGCGCUAUCCACCCGCCUGUGCGGCCUGGUCAGUCGACGUCGCCAGUUCCUCUGCCGACAAUUUCACCUCGGCCAGACAGCAUUACGAAGUCCCGUACGUCAGGGCCGGCAACACCUGCGCAGCCCUCAACACCAGGAACCCUCAAGUGGGAGAAGCCAUAUCAACCUGCUGCUCCAGCAUCGCAGUCACAAGGCCGUCCAGUGAUGCCGCCAAAUGUCCCUACAACAUCCACUCCGUCUACUCCCGGCCAGCCACAUCAUCCGUCACAACGGUACCCUCAACCGACAGGGCAAUACCACGGGCCACCGCAGCCACCGCAUGUUCCAAUCCAGCCAAACCCUGCGCAAAGAUAUCCCCAGCAACCGCAGUCGGUAUUGGUGCCGCCUCAACCGCAGGUUCAGGCUCAGGCGCAGGCGCAGGCUCAUCCUCAACCCCAGGGUCAGGCCACAGCACAAAGCGUCGCCCAGGUCCAGGCCCAGUCUCAGUCUCAGCCUCAAUCUCCUCAAGCUCAGCCGAAGGGGCAGCCAAAGGGCCAGCCAAAGGGACAGCUAGUGGCACCAAUGCAUUCCACGCCGGUCAAAGGUCCCCCAGAGAGGUCUGUCAUCCAGCCCCCGCAGGGUCGUCCGUUAUCAACGACCCCGAUUGCCCCUCCUGUGCGGCCACAGCCCACCCAGCAACAACAGCAACAGCAGCAGCAACAGCUGCAAAAGGCUCACUCACAAGCCCCUCCCGCCUCGCAACCUCCUCACCCCCCACAACCCCCUGCCGGAUACCAAACCCAACCGCGCCCUCUUGCCGCAGCCUCGCCGACCCCCUUCUCUGGCGCAUCAGGACAGACUACAGUUCCUCCCCCGAGAUGGCCCCAGUCCCACCCGUCGCCUUAUGCACAGCAACAGUUUAGUCCUUCGCCGGCCCCGGCCCCGGCCCCGGUCCCGGCCCCUACGCAACUCCAGGCGAAGCCGGCUGAUGCCCAGCGGCGCGUUAGUUCCCCGUUCAACAAACAACAACAACAACAACAACACCCCCGUCCAGCAAUACCUCCUCGCCUCGUCCCACAACUCGCAGCCACCCCUCAACCUGCACAAAAAGCCGCAAGCACGCCAAUUCCGCCUCCACAGACGCCUGUCACAGCACCUCCUACUUUCGUCCUUACUGGUUCUGGUACCAAGUGGACGUUGAAAUCGACUCCUUCUACGCCUCGUCCGUCCGGGGCCGGAAAGGAAGUUGCAAGCCCGGCUUUUGAGCCACUGAGCCCAGUGCAACAACCUGCAUCUUUGCCUGCACCGACACCAUCACAAGCAUCGAAGAAGGCCAGCCCGAAGUCGACACCGGUUCCCAUCCCGAUCCCGAAAACAGAGUCGAAAACCCCCGCACCUCGAGGCCGGGGCCGGCCACCUCGCAGUGCAAACAAGGUCCAUGCCGACACCACUCCGUCUUCAGUGGUUGGCAUGCGCAGGAGUCCGUCAGUGGCAUCUCAGACGGACGAGCUAUCGAUGGAUCACCAUGAGUUGGCGCCCAGAAUUAAGGAUGAGAACGCAACUCCUAGAGCGACUCCGAGAGCGACACCAAAGCCUCAGGAUGAGACAGGCGAUACCACUGCUGAUGAAAGCGUGCCCAGCCGAAGAAGCAUGGUCACUCCCAGCAGCGUUUCGUCCCGGCUGCCUCACAAACGCAAGCGUCAAGACACCCCGACCGAGCCGCUGCCUCUGCCCACGGCGCCCACUCAUGUCCUGUGGACGAGGCAGUUUGGCCGUGUAAGCGCCGCCGCCCUCGAUCAAAUCAGCGCCCAUAGAUUUGCAAAUCAAUUCGCAAACCCGAUUCGCGAGCGAGACGCGCCUGGCUACAAGACGCUCAUCCUGCAGCCUCAGGACAUUAAGUCCAUCCGCGCAGCCAUCACUCACGGGAACAGAGCGGCUACUGAGGCCGCCAAGGCUCUGCCCGAGGGAGAUCCGGGCACUGGCUCUGUUCUGUUACCGAUCAGUGACGACUUGGUGCCUCCCAAGAGCAUCAUCAACAGCGCGCAACUUGAGCGAGAACUAGUCCACAUGUUCUCCAACGCCAUCAUGUACAAUCUCAACCCCAGCCGCGGACCGGGCCCGGCUUUCAUGAAGGGCGGUACUGCGGCUGAUGGUGCCGAUGUGGUGGGAUAUGAGGUCGACGAGGACGCGGUCGUCCGUUCUACGAGGAUGAUGUCCAUGGAGGUUGAAAAGAUCAUUGGCGAGCUCCGUAAUGCAGAGAAGGAACGCACAGGUCAAGCCCCAUCUAAUGCUGGCAACACGAGGCCGGCAAGCGUAGCCACUGGCGAAGACACGCCGAUGGCCGAGGACGAUGUUGAUGAGCUGGCGGGCGAUACAGACUUGGGAGCGACAACGAGGAGACGGCGCGUAGGCACGAGAAACUAG